CACUGGUUCCCUGCUUUUUCUCUUUCUCUCUCUCUCCAAAAAAUUUGAAAAAGCAAAAUUGAAUUUUAUAUUUAAAAAGUAUUUAUUUACGGAGAAAAAAAGGACCACUACAAGAUCACAAACCCUAGAAAUUUCGUGAAUCUUAUAAUUUUCGUCGGGUUUGAUUGAUCAAAAGUGAAGUCUUUUACGUUAUUAUAUCAGGUGCAAUACAUUUCUUCGUGUUCUCUCUAGAAUUUUCUCCGCAGUAAAAACGGAAAAGGGAGAACAGUCUCACCUUUUGAUCUGUUUCUUUUGUUCUGAAUCUGCUGAUAGUAAUACACAACAAAUUUGAAAGAAGCGAGACUGACUCGCCGGUAUAUAAUAUUUUUAUCAUGGUGGUCACUGCUGCUACUGGCGCAUUCUUUCCUGUUGCUAAUCCACCUCCUGAAUCUGGUGGAGCAAAACCAUCUGGAAAGGUAGGAGGAAGUCUUCCUGGAAGUAUAGAUGCACGGGGGCUCAAUGCUAAGAAGCCUGCUUUUGGGAGUCUACAAGCUAAGGCCAAUGCUCAAGCUCCUCCUAAGGUGAAUGGAACAAAGGUAGGCAUUAUGGAUGGCCUCAAAACUGAUGAUGAGGUGUUUUCUUCACCUCCACCAAGGACCUUUGCAAACCAGUUGCCUGAUUGGAGCAUGCUCCUUGCUGCCAUCACAACUAUCUUUUUGGCUGCUGAGAAGCAAUGGAUGAUGCUUGAUUGGAAGCCCAAGCGUCCUGAUAUGCUCGUUGACCCAUUCGGUUUAGGAAAGAUUGUGCAGGAUGGCCUUGUUUUCCGUCAAAAUUUUAGCAUCAGGUCCUAUGAAAUAGGGGCUGAUAGGACUGCGUCUAUAGAAACGAUGAUGAAUCAUUUACAGGAAACUGCUCUUAACCAUGUCAAGUGUGCGGGACUCAUGCAUGGUGGGUUUGGAUCGACUCCAGAAAUGUCCAAGAGAAAUUUGAUUUGGGUUGUUACCAAAAUGCAGGUUGUAGUGGAUCGCUAUCCUACUUGGGGUGAUGUUGUUCAAGUUGACACUUGGGUGGCUGCAUCAGGGAAGAAUGGUAUGCGGCGAGAUUGGCUUGUCCGUGAUAGUAGUACAGGGCAUGUAUUGAUGAGAGCAUCCAGCUUAUGGGUGAUGAUGAAUAAGGAGACAAGGAGAUUAUCUAAAAUACCGGAGGAGGCUCGGGCUGAAAUUGAAGAUUAUUUUGUUGAUUCACCUCCUGUUAUUGACGAUGACAGCCGGAAGUUACCAAAACUUGACGAGACAACAGCAGACUACAUUCGAACUGGUUUAACUCCAAGAUGGAGUGACUUAGAUGUUAACCAGCAUGUUAAUAAUGUCAAGUACAUUGGCUGGAUUCUUGAGAGUGCACCCAUGCAAAUACUGGAAGGCUGCGAGCUCGCGGCCAUGACAUUGGAGUACCGAAGGGAAUGCAGAAGGGACAGUGUGCUGCAGUCACUGACCUCUGUACUGGACAAGGGUGUCGGUGACUUGGAUGACAUUGGGAAUGUUCAGUGUCAACAUUUGCUUCGACUCGAAAAUGGUGGAGAGGUUGUUAAGGGGCGGACUGAGUGGAGGCCAAAACGUGCCAUCAAUGGAAUUGGGA